AUGUCUGGGGCAGGUAACCGUGAGCAAGUGUUUCCCACACGUAUGACGUUGGGAACCAUGAAGAGUAAAUUGAAGGGUGCUCAACAAGGUCACUCUUUAUUAAAGAGAAAGUCAGAGGCAUUGACCAAGAGAUUCAGAGAUAUAACACAACGAAUUGAUAACGCCAAGACCAAAAUGGGUAGAGUCAUGCAAACGGCUGCAUUCUCUCUUGCUGAAGUUUCCUACGCCACGGGUGACAACAUUGGCUAUCAAGUGCAAGAAUCUGUAAAUAAGGCAAGGUUUCAAGUUAAAGCAAAGCAAGAAAACGUUUCCGGGGUCUAUUUGCCUACUUUCGAAAGUUCCGUAAAUGAAGAGAUUAAUGACUUCCAAUUGACUGGGUUAGGUAGAGGUGGUCAACAAGUCCAGAAAGCCAAGCAAGUUUACACCAAAGCUGUUGAAACAUUGGUUGAGUUGGCAUCAUUGCAAACGGCAUUCAUUAUAUUGGAUGAGGUUAUUAAAGUCACCAAUAGGAGAGUCAAUGCCAUCGAGCACGUGAUUAUCCCUCGAACAGAAAACACCAUUGCAUAUAUCAAUUCUGAAUUGGACGAAUUGGAUAGGGAGGAGUUUUAUAGGUUGAAGAAGGUGCAGGAGAAGAAGCAAGAAGCGGCUGCGGUUGCUGAAGCUGAAGAGAAGCUUGAUUUGGCCAAGGCGGAGGGCGCGACUGAUGAUGUAGGAGUUCAAAGAGAUGUGGAGAAUUUCGAUGUCAGAGCAGACGCCAAGGGCAAUGUGUUAACCGAAACAGAAGAUGAUGUUAUAUUUUAG